GCACUAGGCUGAAAAACGCGUUGACGUCAGCUAUGUGUGUGUAAACAGCCGUUGAGACAUUUAAAUAGUCAGCUGUCAGACAGACACGAAACGAGCUCGCUGCCAGGUAAGAAACUCUUAUUUAAACACCACCUUCAUCAUCUGUUAGUGUUCUGGUUGGCAUUUACUUGGAGCGUAAUAUUGCAGCAAAAGAAAUAAUAAUGUUUAACUUGAGAACUGCAGAUAGCUGCAGCGUUUUUCGCCGCUGUUAGCUACAAUUGUUAGCUGGGUGGGGAUCAGACCCAUGUUUCUGAACGUAGGAAAAUGGAGCUUCAAUGAAAUUUCACUUAAAUAUAGAGUUAAACGUGCUCAACAACCAACAAAAUGGCUAAUGAUGUAAAUUUAAGCCGAAAGCUGUUAUUUUGGGGUAUAUGCUUGGACUGGAAAUGUUUUUGUUUUGCAGGCAGAGACAGUCAGAGUCACUAAACUCUCUCUUACUGUUUCAGCACAUUAAAUAAUAUAAGGAUAAAAUGUUCACCUGCUGCCUGGUCCUACGUACUGACAGACGACAAUGUUGUAAAGAGUGAAUCAGUGAUUUUUACUUCACCUGUCAGAGAUCGUUAUGUCAAAAUGUGGAAAUGUACUGCCACAAAAACUAUCAUUUAAGAAAUGUCGAGGUUGAAUUCAUAUGAAUUAUGUAGUGAAAACAUGUUAAACUGUGUUGGACUUACGGGUGAUGAACAUGUGUUGCAUGUGACAGAUUAACCAUUGUUCAAAAAUGUGGAUAUACCACCUAAAGAGUGACAUGGUUUUAAACAGCUAUCAUGUUUGCAGAACAGAGCAAAAGGCCAGAAUUCAAAACUGUAAAUGAUCUUUUACAAACUUAGAAACAGAGAGUUGUUUUGUAGAAAGGCAGAUGGAAAUGAUUAACUAAAUGCUGAUAAACCUGACUGAGAAAAUCUGCAGAAGUUAAUAUGUUGACAAGCCCCCACACUUUCCAUUUUUAAAAUCGUCUUAAAACCCAUUUUUAUUCAUUAGCUUUCAACCCUGCAUGAGACUCGGCUCCUGUUUUAGUGUUUUAUGGUUUGUUUUUAGUUAUUUGUUUCUAUGUUUUUAAAUUAGUUUUUUUUUUUAAUUGAAACUAUAUUUAAAUCUUUAAUAUCUGCUUUUAUUUUAUCCAUUGUUUUUGAUUGUUUUUAUGUCUGCCUUGUUUUGUCUAUUUAUGUACAGCACUUUGUUCAGCUGUGGUUGUUUUAAAGUGCUUUACAAAUAAAGUUGAGUUGAUGUUAUAAGAUUUAUGUAUGUCCCUCUGUCUGUGACAUGGUGUUUUCAGAUGGUUGUAUGGUAUGUUUUUGUAACUGAACUAAUCUGAAGGUGAUCAGUCUGUGUGACAUGAUCGGGUCUGAUGUAAUAAUUUCUUAGUCUUUGUUGUAUUUUUUUUUUUUUUUUUUUUUUUUGUGAUGUUCUCUUUCAGCCUUUUCCUGGCUGCCAGACUCGGAACUAUUAUGCAGCAUGACCCCACGGGAACCUCACCCGUGUUCCUCAUCUGUGGAAAGAGACCAGCCAUGAAACCUGCUGUUGCCAUGCCUACUCAAAACUUUGUCGAAACGCUGCCAACAGAGAUGAGCGUGAAGAUCUUUGGCGAGCUGGAUGCAGGGAGUUUGUGCAGCGCCUCGCAGACCUGCAAACUGUGGCAUCACAUCAUUGAAGAGAGCGAGCAGCUGUGGAGGAGUCAGUGUCUGCAGGUCGGAACCAUUUGUCAGAGGGAGGUGGACAGAGACAGGAGAGAUGGACUGUCCUGGAAGGUGAGUUGAUAAAAUGACCUUAAAUCUAAUUUAUAAUAUUGUGAAACAAAAUUAACAUCUUGUGCCAGAGAUUCUUAUCUUGUGCAGAUAAAAAUAAAAAAAUAAAAAAAAAAACAACUGCAAUUAUCUUGAAGAAAAUUUUUGUAAUUUUGUGCACUCAAAAAAAAAAAAAAAAAAAGAUUCACACCAUGAAAUUUCACCCUGACUGAGAGCACAAAUUUGAAUCUUUGUGUCCGCUCUCCUGCAGGUGAUUCUGGUGAGGAACUACACUCUCAGCUGUGUGAAGAGAGACUGGCUGAGAGGACAAUACAGCCAUGUACGCUCAGCUGACGAGCUCAUGGGGAGGACGAUGACGCCGCUGGAUGCCGAGACCUGGGGGGAGAUCCUGCAGGCCGAGCUGGACAGAUGAUGAUGAUCAGGACCUUCUUUAAGGAUUUUUAUAUGCACCUCCAGCACGCUGACUGUCUGAUUUUUUUUUUAUUUUAUUUUAAACGUUUCAUGCUGUAUUUAAUGAGUAAUUACACAACAACUGUAAAUAUAUAUUUUUUACUUUUUUUUAAAAAAAGGAUCAUGGAGUGUUUUAUUGGCUGAAAUUAUCUUUGAAAAUAAGCUUUGUCAUUGUUUUGAUGUAAACACGGCUCAGAUGCAAUAAAUCACAUGGAUGUGAAGUUUGCGAUUGUGUUCAGACAAAGAACUCAUUGUUUCACAGACUGCAGUUUCUUUACUCAGAUGACCUGCAGAAAAAAAAAACACAUUCAUCUGUGACAAAAUACCUUCUAAAAAUAUAAUGUAUUGUGUUUCAAUCCUU